AUGGCACCACUGGGAGAUGCCGACUAUUGCGGAGACAAGGCCCGCAGGGAUCUGCUAGCCCUGCUGGAGGGCGCUCGGGGCAAGAAGAACCUCGUCGUCAGUCAGGAGCUGGCUGGUCCAGUGAGCCUGUUCAUUAAGUUCUCCGUCCUACAGGAAUAUGGCGUAGAUCGAGUGUUUCUGCUGGAAAAUGCAAACAUAGAUUCGUCGCAGCGAAAUGUCGUAUUUCUCGUUCGGGGCGAGAAGGCACAGCAUAUGCGCACUGUGGCGCAACAGAUCAAACGCUUACAGAAUAAUGGGAAUGUAGAACAUGAGUUCUCUAUCUUUUUGACUCCAAGGCGAACUCUCGUGAGUAACGCGGUCUUGGAAGAGGCUGGUAUCAUUGGUGAUGUCAAUAUCGCCGAGUUUCCAUUGCAUUUCUUGCCUCUCGAGCAAGAUAUUUUAUCUCUUGAGCUAGAUGACGCCUUUGGUGAUCUGUACCUGCACAAAGAUCCUGGCUGCAUAUUCCAAUCUGCCAAAGCUUUGAUGGGACUUCAACAGCGACAUGGCUAUUUUCCUCGAAUUGUCGGUAAAGGUGACAAUGCGCGCCGCCUAGCUGAUCUGCUACUGCGUAUGCGGAAAGAAAUUGAUGCGGAGGAGAGUUCCGGGUUGGCAGACCCUUCGGCGCGAGGGCUACUCCCCAGCGCUGAUACCGAGAGUCUCAUUAUUAUCGAUCGUGAUGUCGACUUUGGUACUCCGCUCUUGACGCAGCUCACAUAUGAGGGUUUGAUUGACGAAUAUGUGGGCAUCAAGAACAACCAAGCUGAGAUUGAUACCAGCAUUGUUGGACAGCCAUCUGGGCCACAGACCCAAGAGUCAUCUAAGUCGCCACAGCAGGCCAAACAAGGGCUGAAGAGGAAGAUUCAGCUUGAUGCCUCUGAUCAGCUGUUCAAUCAGUUGCGAGAUGCAAACUUUGCUAUUGUCGGCGACAUUCUGAACAAGGUGGCUCGUCGUUUGGAGACUGAAUACGAAACCCGCCACAGUGCGAAGACAACCACCGAGCUCCGAGAUUUCGUCAACAAAUUGCCCGCCUACCAGUUGGAGCACCAGUCUCUGCGGACUCAUACCAAUCUCGCUGAAGAAAUCAUGCGUCUCACUCGGUCCGAGACCUUCCGAAAGAUCUUAGACGUGCAACAGAGCAAUGCCGCUGGCGUCGACCCCAUAAAUCAACAUGAAACUAUCGAAGAGCUCAUCGCCCGCGAUGCUCCUCUGAAGAAUGUGCUCCGACUGCUGUGUCUAGAAUCAUGCAUGGCCGGUGGCCUUCGUCCCAAGGACUUGGAAAACUUCAAACGUCAAGUGAUUCAAGCUUACGGCCACCAACACAUCCUUACCUUCUGGGCUCUGGAGAAAAUGGAACUUCUUCAACCUCGAUCGUCUGCAACGACCAUGCUUCUACCUACAAGUGGACAUACCGGGACAAAAACCAACUACGGGUAUUUACGAAAGAGCCUGCGUCUGGUUAUCGAGGAAGUCAGUGAGAAGGAACCUGAAGAUAUCUCAUACGUUUACAGUGGAUUUGCCCCACUCAGCGUGCGACUAGUCCAAUGUGUCUUGCAAAAGUCAUACAUCACAUCCCUCAUCAAAGGCGGUACUCCCGCCGCAUCGGCAAAUACUGCUAGCACGGGGUCUCCUGGGUGGCUCGGCUUUGAGGACGUUGUCAAGAGUGCCCGCGGAUCCACAUUCAGCAUCGUCCAAAAGGGCGAUGAUAAGGCUGUGCGCGCCCGUCAAACUUUGAGCGGCAAUAAUGCCACCAAGACUGUUUACGUUUACUUCUUGGGUGGUAUCACAUUCACAGAGAUUGCUGCGUUACGGUUCGUCGCGGCCCAGGAAGCACCACGCCGUAAGAUUAUUAUUUGUACAACUGGCAUUGUUAGUGGUGAUCGUAUGAUGGACGCUGCCAUUGAGAAGAAAAGCUUCGCAAACGCGGAGUAG